AUGAUGGUGUCUGUGUCGUUGUAUGCGGUUUUUGGAGCGCUAGUGAUGAGGCAGCUUGAAUCCAAGCAAGUGAUUGGUUCAGGUGAGAUGACGAAAGCAAUCACUCAUGAAACGAACAUAGCAAUUAGCAAUGCCGACAAUAAAAUCGCAGCAGAAUUGAACACAGAUUCAGCUGACUUUGUUUCAGCGCAUUUCAACGGAACUGAAAUUCCACCGAAGAGCGUUCGUAGGUUACGCCACGCAAAAAGACGACGAUUAUUGCUUGACGAACAACUCGCAUUCAGGCAUGAACCCGAGUCGGAAGCUGCAAUUAUGCAGAAUCACAAGUGUAUUCUCAGUGCCAUAAAAGAAGUGAUGAAACGCGGUAAAUGCUUGAGCGAUUCGUUAACAAACGUUGCUGUUUCAAAAGUUGAUCACUGCUAUCGAACACAUUUUAAAAGCACAGCAAAGUUGAAUCGCUUACGCUCAAGGCGUUCCACAGACGAUCCAGGAGGUGAUGCUGCUUCGCUGGAUCAAACUUUAGAACGAUUGGAGCCGUGGUCUUUC